AUGUCCAUGCCACAGGCCACCUCGAUGGAGACCAGGAAGCGUCUUGCUAAGAUCGUGCUGGUGUUCGUGGGGCUGUUCGCACUGUGCUGGUUCCCCAACCACGUGCUGUACAUGUACCGCUCCUUCCACUACCAGCAGAUGGACCUCUCCCUGACCCACCUGGUCAUCAGCCUGCUGGCCCGCGUGCUCAGCUUCUCCUCAUCCUGCGUCAACCCCUUCGCCCUCUACCUGCUGAGCGACAGCUUCAGACGGCACUUCAACAGUCAGCUGCAGUGUGGCCGGGCGCCCCACCCCCAGCGCCAGGCCAGCUACCUGCAGAGCACCUCCCACAUCCGCCUCACCUCCAUCAAGAAGACCGCCCCCGCCGCCGUCGUCACGGCAGCGGUGCACGUCACAAAUGGAGGCGGCCAGAGAUCGGAGGAGGCCCUCUGAAGUACGCUAGCGAGUACACAUGACGAGUACGCGAGCUGGGCAGGGAUAAGUGGCCUCAGAGGAACGCGCUGUACUGCCGCCCACGGCGCAGUCCAUUCAUCAGGCUUACGGACCAAACCAACAUCUCGCAUUCUACACUGAAAAAUAAAAGCAGAAACAAUCUCCCGCUGACACACAGGGGAUAAACACUUCUCGUCCAAGGAAACCUUCUCUUUCCAACGUCAACCGACAGUCCAUUCUUCAGCAUGGUUCGGAGGAAGUCCUGGAACCGGAGCCACAGGGAACUCAGUGGAACAAACAUGCACAAAGGCAGGAGAGACGGACGCUGGGAGUGUGGGUGCGAGAGAGAGAGAGAGAGAGAGAGAGAGAGAGAGAGAGAGAGAGAGAGAGAGAGAGAGAGAGAGAGACGGACAGGGAGAAUAAGAGAGAGAGAGAGAGAGAGAGAGAGAGAGAGAGAGAGAGAGAGAGAGACGGACAGGGAGAAUAAGAGAGAGAGAGAGAGAGAGAGAGAGAGAGAGAGAGAGAGAGAGAGAGAGAGAGAGAGAGACUGCUGCUUAACAGCUUGGCUAACUCAUUAGCAUGGCUGGCUGACCCACCUUGAAUGUUUACACUAAGUUAAAAUAAUGCUUAUCUUAAAAAAAGAGUCUAAUUAAAGAAAUUAUAUGUAUGGUGUUUUUUUACAUCUUUUUCUGUGAUUCUGUACUUUAUUAUUGUUUUAUUAUGGGGACCAUGUCACAAUGUUGUGGCAUUUGCCAAACAACCUUCGAUCAGGUUUCUGUAAAAUCAUGAAGUGGACUUCUUGCGUGUUUACAAUAGCAAACAGAACAGUUAUACCCGCUGAUACCUUGUUAGCGAAAAUGACACCUUUUUGGUAACUAUGUUUUUUGCAUUAACUGUUUGGUAGAUGUUUGCUCCCAGUUUCCUCUGCCUCGUUCAUUGGUUGUUAAAACUGGGAAUUAUCGUAAGCCUAUCUUCAAGGCUGGUGUUUCUACUUCUACUUCUGCUCUCCAACAUGUUCAGCAGAAUCUUGUUAAUAACACUGUGUUAAAAUGUCACCCGCUAACACGUGCAAGCACGCUAAGCUAACAUGUCUGAGUCAUGGCUGAAGGUGCAACAUUUGGUCUUUGGGUAGAUCACGGAGGACAAGAGCCCUGUCAAGAACCAUUCUCCAGUCGACAAUCAGUGGAGCUCUGUUCCAGACUCUCCUUGUUUUACUUCAGCAAACUAUAGGGGCAACAUUCAUCUGCACCAAUUACGUAUUAUUCAUAUCUAAUUAAGGUAACACCGUCUCAUUGCCAAAAUGUUGUAAACGAUUAUUUAUCAGAUGUUAUAAAGACGAUGUUUAAUGAUUUCUCAGUGCACUUUACACCUUUUCAUACACAUUGGGCUUACACACACACACACACACACACACACACACACACACACACACCAACACACACACACACAAACACAAUCACACACACACACGCAAACACACACACACACGCAAACAGAUACCCACACACACCGA